UGUUUGUUUUGCUUGAUAAUACGGCAACAAAACUAUUUGGAAGAACCUGUUCUGAAGCAUUUCUCAGGAUAGAAGAAGAAUUUCCUGUUGAUCCUAGUGUGCUUGCAGUUUGUCGGUCAUAUUCUCCACAAAUGUUUGAUCAUGCUGUUGGAGAGGAGAAUUUUUUCAAGGUUGAAAUUGAUUCUGCAGUUGAUCCAGAUUACUCUAGUUGCUUUAAAAUUGUAAAUGUCUUUAGUCAUAAUCCGGAACCAGUUGCAGCCGAUGAUUAUAACAAUGCAAUGCUUCAUGGUCCCAUUUUUCCACCAAUCUAUGAUAGCUACUUGCAGUAUGCAACUGGCGAAGAUUACAAGACUCAAGUAUUGUGUGAUAAUGCUAUUCAAUCAGAAACUAUUGAAGAUAUUAUCACUGAUCUUAUUUCACCAAACCACUGUUAUUCUGAUGCUGAGAAUGGUGGUUUCGUUUUUAUUCUGGGAACUAUAUCAUCUGUCUUGAAGAAUCAUAAGUGGUGGUUCUCAACUUGUUUAUGUGGUUCUCUUGUGUCAACUAAUAAAAAUAUUUUAUCAUGUGAUCUAUGUCAGCUUCAAUGCAUUGAUGCUGUCCGAAGGUUCUGCUUGAAGGUUGUAGUGUCUCAUUCAAAUGGGAACAAUAUAUUUGUUCUUAAAGAUCGUGAAGUCGUCCAAAUAAUAAAGACAAGAUGCUCGAGCUUUUUGGAUAAUCACCCAGAGUUGAGUCAGGGAUCUUAUUGCAAAGUUGUUCCAUUGAAACUCAUUUCAAGUCUUUUGCACAAAAAAGUUGUAUUCAUGGUUGAUGCUAGGCCUGUGGGUUAUGAGAUGAAUCGAUCUGUGUAUAUUGUUCAACAAAUCUGGGAUGAUGCCUCUGUUAUUAAUGUUUUUGAGGCUGCUGCUGAGAUGAAUGACCAUAAGAUUCAUGUUCUGGUUGAUUCUAUGCCUAAAGUUGAAGAUGCUGUCAGCCAAUGUGGAAGUGAUCAUGAGGCUGUGGAGGAUCUGCAUGCUUUUUAGUUUAAUGUGUUCACAUACUAUUUUAAAUUGUUGUUUGAUUUGUGAUACUUAGUGUCUGUUGAAUUCUAAUAUGGAUAUAAUUGUGAUAUUUAUGUAUUUAAUGAAAGCUC